GUGCCUUUUGAAGAUUUGAGCAUGCAGUACUGCAAUCAUGAUGGCUAUCAAAGACUGGCCAUUGAAAGUCUCUCAUGUUUCCCACUCUGAUCUAUUUUUGAAAUAAGAAGUAUAACAUUUUGUAAUCUUGUUGGCUCAAGAGCAGCGACACACUGAUUGGCUGCAGACGGGAGAAAUGAUUGGUUGAUUGGUUGAGGUAGAAUAACUAAAAUUUGUGUCUAUACACCUGCAUGGUUGUGAGGAUCUGUAAAUUCAAUUCAAGUUUAUUUAUAUGGCACCUUAACAUAAACAAACAAGGCACAGUACAGCAACAACCAAAGGUUUAUAACAGAAAGUAAAUGGAAUAAAUAAGAGCAAAAGUCAAAACAGAUCAGAGUCUGUAUCUUAAGCCUGGCUAUAAAAAUAAAGGUUGAGAUGCUUUUUUUUUUUUUUAAGUGGACAGUAAGUAACGCUAUAAAAGGUUUAGAUGUGCUUUAAUCUGUUUUAUGGCCACAAAUUUUAUCUACUUUUCACAUAUUAAUCAAUGAUUUGCCACAUAAUCAUUUCACAAUUGCUGUUUGUCCAUCUUUAAUUUUAAAUGUAGUUUCUCAAAUUAAGAGGCUAAACUGGUAACCAAUUUCUUUUCUGCAUUUGCAAAUUUUUGUAAAAGAUGCAAAAAUGUUGUUUGUAUAACAUGUAUAAAUAAAGUCCUGGUUGGACGAGGCUGGAGUUGACGAAAAUUAAAACUUUAAAUACAAUUUUUAUUCAAAUUUGGCACCAAAGCUUUAUUUAAAUCAUUUUUUUACCUUUGUUUUCUUAUGGUGAUAAAGUGAUGUGCACUUUUAACGUGGAUCUUACACACUGCUGCUUUUCAGGUUCUCUGACUUGCUGCUAAUUGGCUAAAUCAGGUUUUUUUAAAAACAUCCUGACUGACUGAGCACACCUGCCUGCAGCAAAUAGGGCGGGGAAACUAAAGUGGGAGAAAUUAAAAGGAAAUGAGAAGGAAGUGCAAAUGGUUUUGUCCAUAGCCUCAAUUUGCCUCAUCAGGUAAUUCUUGGUAGAGUCCUCUUUGUGAAGUUGUUAAAACUCCUCAUAGAUUAUUAUUACAUAAUUGUUAGUUUGUCUUUUUUUAUCUUCUUUUUUUUGCAUUUCUACAUUCAAUUUUCUUCCUUUCUGAAUGCAUCUCCUGGAUUAUCAUGAAUAUAUUGAUUUUGUAGCCUGCUGCAUGAACAUUAGAGGCUUUUCGGUUUAGUUUCUCCUCCUUUCUCAGGAACAGAGUGAGUAAUUCACCCACAGACACGCUCAGCCUGCUGUAGCCUCACAUCUCUCUCCUCUUCCUCCUCCUCUUCCUCCUCCUCCUGGAGUCUCUGCGCCGCAGCUUCAGUGUGGGGCUGAAGCUGAGGGAGCGCACUCUCUCCGGACUCUCAUGAGCCUCCAUCUCCAGCAACAUGCACCCAACCUCAACGGGCAUCCGCAUCCCGAGUCAGACCUAACCCGACGGGGCGAGGAAGUGUCAGCCUGCGCCCUCCACUGAGGUGACCCGCGCGUCUGGAUCAUUCCUUUUUUACAUUAUUUUUUUUAUUUUUGGUGUCGCCUCUCCGUCCUCUUCCUUCCUCCUUCCAUCUCGGUCCACUUGGCUUUUCUACCUGCACUCAUGAAUUCAGACAAAAAUGUGUACCUCGGCAGAGACAAGGCUCUCAUGCGGAAGAGAGCGCAGCUCCUUCGGAAAGGUUGCAGCUUCGAGAUUACCAGCUCUGCCUCUGAGGACUUGGGCUGCAGACGUGGAGACUUCAGCAGGAAACACUAUGGUUCAGUUGAGCUGUUGAUUUCCAGUGACGCAGAUGGAGCCAUUCAGAGAGCAGGACGCUUCAGGGUGGAGAAUGGAUCAUCAGAUGAGACUUCAGCCUACACCCCGGGAACCUGGAGGAGAACAGAUGUCCAUUUGGAGAAUCCAGAAUACCACACCAGAUGGUUUUUCAAAUACUUUUUGGGAAAAGUUCAUCAGAACUAUGUGGGUACAGAUGCAGAGAAGAACCCUUUCUUUCUGUCCGUUGUUCUCUCGGAUCAGAACAACCAGCGGGUCCCUCAGUACAGAGCCAUCCUCUGGAGGAGAUCGGGCACUUUGAAGAUCAGCCUCCCCUACAGUCCGACCAAAACACUAUCAGUCAAGUCCAUCCUCAGUGCAAUGAACAUGGACAGGUUUGAGAGGGGCCCCAGGGAGAUCCUGAAUCCAGAGAUUCAGAAGGAUCUGCUGGUGCUGGAAGAACAAGAGGGCUCUGUCAACUUUAAAUUUGGUGUGCUGUAUGCCAAAGAUGGACAGCUCACGGAUGACGAGAUGUUUAGUAACGAGAUGGGGAGUGAGAACUUUGAGAAGUUUCUAACUCUGCUGGGUGAUACCAUUACACUGCAGGGAUGGGCAGGUUACCGCGGAGGAUUAGACACCAAGAACGACACUACAGGAAUCAAGUCCAUCUACACGGUUUAUCAAGGCCAUGAGCUCAUGUUUCACGUGUCCACCAUGUUACCUUAUUCUAAAGAGAACAAACAGCAGGUGGAGAGAAAAAGGCACAUUGGAAAUGACAUUGUUACCAUAGUAUUCCAGGAGGGAGACGACACGUCGUCAACCUUCAAACCCUCGAUGAUCCGAUCGCACUUCACCCAUAUCUUUGCAUUAGUUAAAUAUAAUUGCCAGAAUGACAGUUACAGGUUAAAGAUUUUCUCAGAAGAGAGCGUGCCUCUGUUUGGACCCCCGCUCCCAUCUCAACCUGUAUUUACUGAUCACCAAGAAUUCAGGGACUUUUUACUAGUCAAGCUAAUCAAUGGAGAAAAAGCCACACUGGAGACGCCAACGUUUGCCCAGAAGCGUCAGCGGACUCUUGACAUGUUGAUCCGUUCUCUCUACCAGGACCUCACACCUGACCUGCACAAGGUUCCCUUCUCUCCCCAGAACAUGUUGAACCGACGGUCCUUCAGCGACGUGCUGCCGGAGUCUCCAAAAUCGGCACGGAAAAAAGAGGAGGCGCGGCAGGCGGAAUUUGUUCGAAUAGGGCAGGCUCUGAAACUGAAGACCAUCGUGAGAGGAGACGCACCCACAAGCCUCGUGACCACCGGCCUCUGCAGAAAAGAGCCGUGGGAGUCCCAGUCUUUCUGCAGUACGUUCCCCUAUGAGAUCGUGUGUGCUGACUCAUGGGGUCAGUCUCUGCUGGUUGCCACUGACACCGCAGGGGUUGUGCUCUUGGAAGGUUCUGAUCCGGCUCUGACCGUCGCUGAGACGCAGACUCUUCCUCCGGUGCCGGUGUUUGAUAAAACGAUGGCGGUGAAGCAGAUGCACGUUCUCGAGCCUCAAGACCUGUUGAUCACCAGAGCUGACAAAGGAAAGGACGCUCGGCUUUACGUGUUCAAGCUCGGUACGAUCAAGAGGAGCCUGGAGGAAAAGCAGCUCAUCAGGGGCAAAUGUGACUGCAGGGAGAACAAGCUGGAGAAAACGAAAGGUUGUCAUUUGUACUCUAUCAACACCCACCACGGCUCAGAGCUGAGAAUAGUAGCAGCCAUCAGAACCAAACUUCUCCUUAUUACCAGGAAGCAUCCCCGUUUCAGCGCUGUUGCCACAGGAGCCGACUCCCCGGUGGAGGAGUUUCAGUACAUACGGGAGAUCUGUCUGUGCGACCCGCCGGUGGUGAUGGCGCUGGUGGAUGGCCCGACGGGGGAGAACGACAACAUGAUUUGUGUGGCCUAUAAGCACCAGUUUGACCUGAUCAAUGAGAGCACCGGGGAUGCCUACCGACUGCAUCAUGUAGACGCCAACAAGGUGAACUUCGUAGCAGCCAUCGACGUGUAUGAAGACGGGGAGGCAGGUCUGCUGCUGUGCUACAACUAUAUUUGUUAUUAUAAGAAAGUUUGUCCGUUCAACGGCUCCACGCCGAUGAUCCAGUCCAACACGCCCGACUUCCACUUCAGCUGGAACCAGAUGCCCAACGCUAUUGUUUGUGCUUUCCCGUAUAUUUUGGCCUUCACCACGGACUCCAUCGAGAUUCGGCUGGUGGUUAAUGGGAACCUCGUGUACACAGCAGUGGUCCCUGAACUGCAGCUGGCUGCUUCACGGUCGGACAUCUACUUCGUCUCAUCCGCUCCCGUCAGCUCGGCCUCCAACUGCAGUUCCAGGGACACCAGUUCCCAGAGUUCCCCUCAGACGCCCACGGGGUACGAGAUGCCAGUGUUUCCUUCACCGCUCGGUGAUGAUUCUAUACGGAUCCCCUAUGGUACCAAGCUUUCCCAGUACAUGUCUAAGGAUGCUGAAGGUGAAGUGACAUGUAAGCACAUCUUCAAGAUUCCUCUGUGUAAUUUGGUGGGCCGGAGCAUCGAGAGACCCCUGAAGUCUCCGCUGGUCAACAAAGUGCUCACAGCACCGACCCCGGCGAUGGCGGCGCCGACUCCGCUCAUCUCGGCCACUCACUCGAUGUCUUUGUCCCGCAUGGAGAUUAAAGAGAUAGCCAGCCGCACGCGGAAGGAGCUGCUCGGCUUGACAGAGGAGCCGAGUGGAAAGUCGGACAGUGGAUCAGUCAAACACAGAAAGAUGAGCAAGAAGAACACAGAUGAGGAUCCCAAAGCACGAGCGCUAACGUCAAAAAACAGUGACAGGCCAACGUCCGAAUCUUCUGGAGCAGACUCUGACAUCCAGCUGCACUGUCCGUCCAGUCUGGAGGCCGAGCCGGAGAAGGCGGUGCUGCAGGAGGAGUGUCCACCCCUCACAAGUGCGUUCACACUCCCAACGUCCUUCGAAGAAGAUGUCCUGGACUUAAAGUGAAGACAAUCCCAUUGUGCACUUCUUGACUCAUCCACUCCUGUACUGUCAUUUUAGCGUUUUUGGCUUUGCUUCAAGUCGGUUUGUUCCUUUUAUAUCUUAAUUUAAUGGACAUGCCAGCGUCUCCCUGUUCAUCAGACAGGAUGAGUGCGGUGGGAGUUCAGAGAAAUGUUUUUUGUGCGUGAGUGUGUGCUUUUGCGAGCAGUCCCGUUAACCUCUGUGCUGACUGCUUGUGUUGCCCUGUGGCAAACGACCCAAAGAGGAGGUGAGCUGGUGUGGCGUCUGCAACAGCUUUCAGAGAACCACUCGACCCCAAACCACAAAGUGAAUGUAAAUCUGUCUCCCAGGAAACCACGGAAACCUGCGCGUCCACGACUACCUGUGAAGUCGCUCAAUGUGUGUCGCUUGUGAUUAUUUACAGCCCACCUCCAAAUGUUGUACGAUACGUGUAUGUGUACAUGCAACCGCAUCCAGAGGCAGGCGUACAGGCAUGUCGGGCUUGUGAGGCAUAUUUAUAGAUAUAUUAUACAAAUCUGUCGGCUUAGUAAACGUUUUGACGCACAUCUUAGUCCGUAUGUUUCACCUUAUUGACACUACACAGAUCGACAGGGCUGGAGGCAAAGUCUCCCACAAGUGCCAUUUCCCAGCAUCCUCCACCCCAUAUUCUGGCUUUGAUUCAUCGGAAUCCACUUGGGAUUGCAGCAGAACAAUAUAGAUUAAGCAUCUGACUUUGGUUUUGACCGAAUUCCUUCACUUCUCACGAGUGGAAAGUCUCUGAGUAAACUAGUUUACAUCAAUUCUCUAUGGAUUGCAUUUAAAUGAUUUGUUGUUUGAAAAAAGUAAUUUUAUGUUUUACAAAUCAUUCAAGAUUUCAUCAUUAGAACACAAUGGAUUUAUAAAGUCACAAAAUGUGUGUUUUUAUGAGGUUUUUAAUUCGGCAACUGGGUGAUAUAAUAUUUUCCAUUGAAAAAUAAGAAAGUAGUGUCGAAACUACAUUAAAAUACAAUACUUGAUAGUACGGGUGUGUAUUGAUAAGAGUCUGGCAAUACGAUGUGUAUUGCGAUACCUGACUAACGAUACGAUAUGUAUCACGAUAUCACGUACCUGAACAAUUUUAAAUUCUUUAUAGAGUGUGAAUUAUUUAAAAAAAAAAACUCUUCCUGAAUAUUAAUCCAUUGUAAUAAAAUUAUAAAAUUCAUUCUAUUUAAUGAUCACAACUGUAUCUCAUAUACAAGUAGCUUUUACCCAAGCAAAUUAAUGGUGCUUUUAUUUUGGUAAAUUAAGAUACAUUUAUACAAUCAACAUUGUAUGAUUUCCAAAAUAUAUAUAUUUUUUAGUACAAGAAAAAAAUGUGAAAAAUAAAAGUAAGACACUGAAGGACGGCCAUAAAUAAUUACUUAAAUAUCGCCAUGUCAGCACUUUAAAUCGAUACAAGUAUCGACAAAUGAAGUAUCGCGAUAUAUCACCAAAUCGAUUUUUUUCCUACACCUCUACUUGAUAGUCCAAUCCUUUAUAGUCUUUAAGGGGGAGAAGUGAAGGAAUUCAGACACAACCGUUAGGAGGUAGAGAAUACCCAUGAUGCACUUCUGCAAAACUGUGCACUGAGCCACAAAACAGAUGAAACGAUGGGACCCACAGCAGGACAAUGAAAAAAACGCAGUGAACAAAGAUUUUUUCUUUUCAGUUUCAAUCAAUUAUACUAAAAUAAAUGGUUCAAAAGCAGAUGUUUUUAUAUAAAUACCACACAAGAACUGAAUUAUUUUUUAUAAGACUCCUGUUUUAUAUCUCUCUGUUAAAAUACUGCUGGACACAUUUUAAAGCCCCGCUGAAGUUAAAGUUACAGUUCUAAAACAGUUUUUUCCUGUAAAGAAAAAAAUCAAGUAAUAUUUCUGAUUGAUUCUGCUUGCUUUUGAGAGAAUAAAUGCUGGGUUAUUGAAGUAGGAGAGCUCAGGUGGAACAACUUUUUUUAUUUUUAUUUCUUUUAAGACAGGACUGAUAUGUCAUUUCAACAAUCUAAACAUUUCAUGUUUAUUGACAGCCAGAGGCUUCAACUGACAUUCACUAAAAAUCCCCCAUUCAAUGUACAGGAUGAACACUCAAGCUGAGCAACAGACCAACUAAAUCGAUUUGCGAUCUAAAACUAGUUCAUCCUGAACAAGCAGGUGACUUUAGGAAUCAUUUUUUGUUUUUGUUUUUGGCUUCUUCAUGACACAACCUACCCUCAGGAGUAGUCACACUAGGCAUCAUUUCUUUAAGAACAUUCAUUCUUUCAUACUAUAUCGCUUUUAAGUUUUACCAUGCUACUGUAAAUGGAAGCAUGUGGAACUUUGGGUGAUUUUGCAAUCUGUAAAUAGUCGGAGAGAACAUUUUAUGUUGCCAGAAAGCGACAUUUUGGUACAAAACAACUGGUUUAUCUCAUAGGAGUUUAUGAGCACAAUGCGCUUUGAGAUUUUGCUAAACUAAUGUUUAAGAUGGGAAGUUCGUUUAGCAAUCUCCAUACCAGAGUGAUGUUGUUCAAACCAUGCUCUGAUCCACUUCUUCAAGGAUUCCGUACCCGAGUGCACAAGUAGCUUACACUUGCCAAACAAACCAGUCUGGGCCCAUAACAGUCUGCCUAGUGUUAAUACACUUAAACAAUCUUUGACAAAAACGCCACUGUUGAAAAAAAAAACAUUCCCAACUUUGAUCCAGUUGAUCUAAAGUCCCACUCCAAUCAUCUUUUGAUCUUUUUUAAAAACAUUCCCAGUAGUCUUUUAAUUAUAGUCAUUUUUAGCCAAAAUCAAGAAUCUUGUGUUGUUUUCUGGGACAUAGUUUCUGCAGAGUGUUAGUAAUAAAUUAGAAGAGAAAGAAAAAAUAAAAAGAAUUUCACCUCUGACUUGUGGGCAUAACUCUUGGUGUAGAGUAAGCCCACCUCCAUUUCCCAUCAUCCACCUGUUUACACGCUCUCCUGCUAGCUCACCCAACCUAACAUUACCAAUGCAACCAAAAUGGAGAGCAAUAUUGAAACUAUCCAAUAUUUCAACAUUAAAAUGAAAAUUCAAUAGGAAAAUGAAGGAUUUAUUUGUCUGUAAGCAGAUGGAUCAGAAUGGAGCAUGUGGCCUGCCGAUUUCAUCAACUGUCUUUUUUGUCUACUCCUAAUGAAUUAUUACUACAAGUUUAUGUUUAUUUUUGUUUUAAAUGUCCUCCAUCAUGAGAAAAAUGCCACAAAAACAUGUUAAAAACACUAUUUUCAUUGGAGUGGGUCUUUGUUUUUACUAAAGUUCCCGUUUAAUUACAAGUAGGACUGGACUACAUGAUUUUAGCGCCCCAAAUGGACCUUUAACAAUUCUGCAGCUGGACAAAUAUUUCACAAAUUAACAUUUUUCAUCUUCAAACCAAGAACGUAGUUUCUUUAUGCAACAUACUGUCCUCUGUGAUGGUUGUGAUGUUUUUUUGUUUUUUAAACAGCAGUUUUCCGAUAUUGCAAGAGCCUUAUCUUCUUACUUCUUCCCCAAAUUUCUUUUUAGCCUGUGUUCCCUUUCUGAUAUGACAUGUCUUGAAUUACGACACUUCAACAAAGGGAAAAAGAUCAAAUAGGGACAAUUUGUACAAAUCUUUUCCAAUUCACUCCAAACAUAAGGGAUUGAGGAAUUGCAGCUUCUCUUGCUUCUGUUGGUCCAACACUUCAAGCAUUGAUGUUGAAUGAUUUUGAUUUCUACCUCCCCUUGGCAUUUUCACUGUUUUGUUUUUUGUAAUUGAAUCUAUAUUUCCUGUUAAGGUUGUCCCUAAACCUCUCUGUGAUAUCAAAAUUAAAGAAAAAAAAAAAAAACACCAAGUGUCUUAAAAUAUUGUAUCGCCAUUGUUUUUAAUGCCAAGUAAUACUUGUAAAUGUUUGUGUAUCAAAUGUGGCCUCAAAUGAAACUAAACUAUAUUAUAUUAUUAAUAUUAUUUGAGCAGUUAUUUUAAACAAGUGCUGUAGACCACUGCUGUGAAAGUAGUUGAUUCUGUUCAUUGAUAUGUAAUAAAUAUUUAUUAAAUUUAAA